AUGGAGCCCACAGAACCUACAGAGCCCAUGGAACUCACAGAACCCAUGGAGCCAAUGGAACUCACAGAACCCAUGGAGCCGAUGGAACCCGCAGAGCCCAUGGAAGAAGUGGAACAAGAAGAAGAAAUGGAGCCACGAAGAAAGGAGAUCAAAAUUCACCGUGUUGGCAUGGGAAAAGGCUACGGAUCUUCAGCAAGCAGUGCAGCUGAAGGAAGUGGAAGUGCACCAAGCUAUAUGCCUCCAAAGCCGAAGAAGAAGCCCGAACGACCAGUGGUGGAAGGAAGAGAUUACAUUCCCUUGGAAGGAGGAGAACCAGACGGGCCAGUGGAGAUCGGGAGUCCUAGUUCCUCUAGCCCCGAAACUACAAUGGUGUACCAAGAGGCACCACCUACACCAAGAAGGGAGCCGAGAACACUUUCGUCUGGGCACAUCGCCUUGGAGCUGCAAGAGCAGCAAGACAAGAACGAGCUCCAGAGUGUCCACCUCCGGACCCAAUGCCGUGUGGUACGAAACUUCCUCUUCACACGCUGGACGGGGAACCCAGCAACGCAGCAGUGGCGGAACACAUCCGCCGGAACGAGGAAGAGUAUGCUGCAAGACGUGCCGGUGCAAUUCCUUCAGGAGACGAAGCAAGAGCCAGGGAAUCCAAGGAAUUUGCUCGUGGAGUUGCAUACUUUCGGGCCAGGUACGGCCAGCGAAGCCAAAGCAGUGGAACAGCGAGUUCCAGCCGAGACACGGGGCCUGGGACCCUACAACCCAGGACGGGGCCUGGGACCCUACAACCCAGGAUGGAAGAUGCGAGAGCUGAACCAGGGAGCAGUUCCAGAGGACCACCUCCGAAGGAACGACCUGCUGGAAGCAAGGCGCCACCUCCAGAGCCAAAGGGACCACCACCGAAGCGAGUGGGAGCAACGCAAGCCACUACGCUCUACCCGAAUUCUCCUUGGAGGAGAACAGAAAGGAGAAGAAUGCGAGAAAGGGGCGAGGAGCCAAACCCUGGAAGUGAGGAAGAUGAAUGGGGAGAUUGGUCAGGACAAUGAGGUCGACUACCAGAAGGAGAAAGCAGAGAUCGACUACCAGGAGGAGAAAACAGAGAUCGACUACCAGGAGGAAUCAAAAUUCUAUGGCCUAUGUACAAACAAGAGCCUCUACUCCGACAAGACUAUGAAUGGAACAAGAGAUCCAUUGGUGAUGUGGAUUUGGACCAGCAUUCCAGGAGCAAAGAACCUCUACGACCCCAAGACUAUGCAAUUCGAUUACAAUGGAGCAAUGGCAAUGAUGCUUAUGCUUGGAGCGCUUGAGCAGAGGGGCACGGAGAGAUCACUUGCGUUCGUGUGCUUGUGUGAGAAAACAACAGAGAGGUUGGAGCAACAAGCAAGCAGUUCGGAUGAUCUGAACCGAAGGAUUGAAAGUGCGACAAAGGCGAUCAAGGCACCAGAUGUUUGGAACCCACAAGCCUCGGGAGAACAUCCACCGGAUUUUACAACCUGGAAACAUCAGUUUCUGAAUUGGCUAGGUUUUGCCGAUUCGCAGUACUCAGAAGCUCUAAGUAUGAUUGAAAGUCUGGGAGCAACGCCGAUCGAUGUUUCGACUCUCACUACAGUGGAGAGAGAACUUUCGACAAAGCUUUACCACAUACUGACUUCGUAUAUGCGGGGGGCAGCAACGCAACUGUCUCGAAAUUGGAGCAGGGAGCGAUGUGGGUAUCGUCUCUAUCAAAGUUUGCUUUGGGAAUACCAACCAGCCACCAAACAACGAGCUCUAACCCUCAGUCAAGCGAUUGGGAUGUUUCCCAACUUCGAUGGGGCCAAGAGCAUGGUGGAACAGAUUGGUUCACUGGAAAGCCUUGUUCGGGAGUACGAGAUCGCUUCAGGAAAGACCUACGAUCGAGAUUUGUUGAUGGGAGUUUUGCUUCGAUGUUCACCGAGGGCGAUUCGAGACCACCUUACUUUGACAAUGCCCGAAGGAACAAACUACAUGUCAGUGAAGCAAGCGAUUCUUUCAUACGAGCAAAGCAGCAAAACUUGGGAUUACCAGACGGUGUUGAAGCAAAAGACCUUGCAGAACACAGCGAGCAGUUCGAAUGCAGAUCAAGGACCAGCACCAAUGGAAGUGGAUGCAGUGUACGAGAAAGGAGGAGGAAAAGGAAACAAAGGCAACAAAGGAAACAAAGGAGGAAAAGGAUCCUACUCGUGGUCAAGCUUUGGAGCAGGAUUUCGCCAAUGGAGAAAAGGUGGACGAAAAGGAAGCUACAAAGGAGGAAAGAAAGGACGAGGCAAAGGUUUCCACAAAGGAGGAAAGAAAGGCGGAAAGAAAGGUGGAAAGCAUGGCAAAGGAGGAAAGAAAGGUGGAGGAAAGAAGUUGGACAGAGAUGUUUGCCGAUUCUGCAAGCAGCGAGGACAUUGGGGAAACGAGUGUCCAAACCGCAAUGUUCGAGAAGUGCAGGCGAGCGAGGCCAGCACCGAGGUACCCCACUCGACAGUCGAGUCUGUUACUCCGUCGCAGAGUGCGAGCCAAUACAGGAUAAGGAGAGUGAGGAACAUUGAUUUCCAUCACAUUGCGAACACACCACCUGACGGCACAGAGCACUAUGAGCUUAGCGAAGUUUCAGAAGAAGAAGGUGAUUGGUUCACCAGAAGGAUAGAGGUGCAAGGACCAGAGUGCUACUACAUCGGGGAUGAGAGUGAGAACAAACAAGAUCAUGAGAGUGAUGAGCUGUAUCAAUGGUAUGAAAACAGCUUGGAAAGAGUUCAAGGAGGAUUGGGACCUCCAGGAGGAUUGGAACCUCUGAGUCAGGGAGGAUCGGAACCUCUCAAUGUGCGAAUGGUCCAGUUGGACACAAAGCAACAUGUGGUGAUCUUGGAUUCAGGAGCAGAUGUGAGUUUGUUACCACGAAGAUUGUCGGAUGCAGGCGUCGAAGUUUCGACCCCAACCUCUCUGAGGUUGCAGGACGCACAAGGGGGUGCGAUGCGAGUUGAAGGUAUGCGGCGAGCAGUUUUGCAGUUCAGUAGCUGCAGUGUGACUGAGGACUUUGUGUUGUCGGACACCAAUAACAUCUUGCUGUCUUUAGGAAGGCUACUCAAAAAUGGAUGGAAGUUUGUGUCAGUGGGAUGCAAACAGCGCCAAGGGGGCGAGACCUGGGGAGAAGAAACCCAGGCGGGGGAACUUGUAUCUCCCGAUGGUAAGGCACGGGUGCCUGUGGAAUACCAGAGGAAUAGCUUGAGAUUGACAGCGGAAGUUAGAGGAGUCGAGCAAGUCAGGGCAGUCAAGGUGACUUUGGCCUAUGACUUUGGUAAAGUCCCAGAGAAGGAUUGGAGCCUUCUACCGAAUGGAACGCCAGUCCAUCGCCAUUUUGGACUUGAGUUUGUAAAGCCACCGACAGGUACUUGGAAGUACAGGACCACCAUCGUGAAGGUGGGCAACGAAUGGGAAGUGAUUGAAGCAACGGAAUUGCUCGAGCGAAAAUCCGACUUGGAAGAUCGAAUACCGGGAUUGCUUUUUCGAUCAGAAAUUCUCACAUUCUUGCACAGGACACCAGAGUAUCUGGACAAGUGCUUGGUAGAAGAGGUAGCACCAGAAGAAGCACCAAAGGAGGAAGAAAAGAAGAUGGAAGAGGAGCCAGAAUGGUUUGGAAGAGAAAGAGGAGCUCCAGAAGAGUUGCAGGUGCCAGUGCCGAAAGGAGUUGUGAAGCAGCAAGGAAAGGCAGGAGGACACCAAGAGUUGGAACUCGACAUGGGAAGUACUAUUGUGGUGAAUGGAGAGUCACUCACAGCAACGAGUGAGAUUGAGAAGCUGCGAGAAGGUUGUCGGUAUUUGGGUUUGAGCGUCUCAGGGUCAAAGGUGAAGAUGUUCAGGAGACUGUGCAACUACCUCACCGAAGACAGAGAUGAGGACGCAGAAGAAGUUGCAGACAGGCUGAGGAAGCAAAGGCCCAAAGCAAGAACAAGACCCGGAGUGCCCGAACCGACAGAAGCAGAGAUUGAAGAGCAUAUGGCAACCCACAUGCCAAUGCAACCAUGGUGCGAUUUCUGUGCAGCAGCAAAGUCGAAACAGGACCAUACCCCACAAAGCAGUGAAGCAAAGUAUGAAGACCCAGGAAAACCAGUGAUCCAGAUGGACUUCAUGUACAUGGGUCAGAGCAGUGUGAGUCUGAUCAUUCUUGAUUCAUGGACUCGAUUUUCGUGGGCGAUUCCAGUGCCGGGGAAAGCACCGACGAAGAAGUUGGCCGAGAAAGUGGUGAAGUUUUCUCUCGAGAUGAACUACAUUUCCGAAGAAGUUCUGUUUGCGAUUGAUGUGGAGCCAGCGACAACAGCCUUACUGGAUUUGAUUGUAGCAAUACGACAAAAGUUAGGCUACAAGGCUGGAAAGUAUCCAAACAAGCCCUACCACAAAGGAAGAACAGCGAGAGUGGAACGCCACAUUCAGAACCUCAGGAGACAAAGCCUCACGAUGAUUGAAAUGGUCGAGGAUCGGAUUGGGGAAAAGAUUCCUGAAGAUCAUGCUUUACGAGCGUGGGCAAUUCACCACGCAGCAUGGUUGUUCAACAGGUACCACCUACACUCAGGGACGCAGAGUACAGCUUUCCAAUUGGUCUACGGGAGACCAUACCAAGGGCAGAUUUUACCCUUCGGAGAGUAUGUGUUUGGUCUGGCCAAGCCUGGAGGAGUGAAGAAUCGAUCCUUGUGGACAGGAGGAAUAUGGGUUGGAAAGGACGACCGGGACAUGGACGUGAUUACGUCAAAAGAUGGGAUCUUUACGUCAAGAUCUGUGCGGCGCACACAACCAGCGUGGCGCGCACGUGAGACCCUUCAACUUCAAGGUUCUCCUUGGACGAAGAAAGCCCCAAGGCUAGGGCACACCGCGCAUGCGGCACCGUUACCGAGAAUCGUGGAAGAACCAGGCAAAGAGAAAGAAGGAGGAGAAAAUGAGCCAGAGCCAGCAGGAGAUGAAGCAGGAUCUGAUGUGGAAAGUUCAAAGCAUGACACAAUCAGUGAUCUAUUGCUGAGCAGUGGUCAACCUACACCUCGAAGUUCAUCAACGGAUUCCAACCAAGGCGGGGGACAAAAGAGAGAAACUGAAGGAGAAGAAAGAGAGGAACCUGCGAAAGCUAGUAAAGCAGCAGAUGCUGAGGAGCCACCAACGAAGCAACAAAAGACUGCGGAAAGUUCACCUACAAGUGCUGAUCCUGGAAGUCCGAAAGGAAGUCUAUUUCCACCGUUGUACGCCGGACAGGUAGAAGAACAGGAAGACGAAACAGGAUAG